AUGGCAGCGGCCCUGGUUGCAGGUCCAAGUCACGACGCGAAAUUCGCCAAGUUGUCUGCGAAAAGCCGAGUUUUUUUAACAAAAGAAGGAUUUUCUUGCAAUGGCCGAGGAGCGGGAUAUUAUGCUGAUGUAACCACAGGCUGUCAGGUAUAUCACAUGUGCGAUGGCCUCGGCAGACAGUUCAGUUACAAAUGCCCCAACGCGACACUUUUUCAGCAACGAAUGCUCAUCUGCGACCACUGGUACAUGGUGAACUGCAGCAAGUCAGUACAAGAUUACGGAGCUAAUCUCCUCAUUGGCCAAAACAAGCCUUUCGUUGAAGAUUCGGAUUCAAACCCCUAUGCCAGAACCCCCAGACCAGAUCUGCUUUCAGCACCUUUGGAUGCUUCGGAACACGACAUCAUCUAUAGGUCGGGAGAGAAUUCUAAUCUUUCCCCGAAAAAUCUAGUUGGAUCAGAAUCUAUCGACGAAGACUCCACGGAAUCGACCUAUUUCCCUACAAAUAAUUGGUCUACACAGGUUCCAAAGCAAACCAAAACCUCUUCACCAGUUAGACCUAAUCCCUACAAGGAAUACACUCAGACGAGUAAUGUCUACAGAACGAAUUAUAACUCGGGAAGAAGUAGGAAUAACGAUAGUUUUACAGGACCCAAAGCCAAAGCGAUUCAGGUGGAUUCGGCUAAUCGAAAUAGUAACACUUUUUCAUCCACCAAAGAAAGAUCCCGUCCACAAGGAACUUCCUCCACUGUGUACAAAUCUAACUUCAAAGCAACCACUCCAGUAUAUCCCUCAUCGGUAGAAGAAAAAGCUUCACUCAAAAACAUCGACCUCUUACCUCCUUUGCCUUACGCCAAUUCGAGAAACGAUAUUUCGAAAAAUCAAGCACUGAAUUUGGAUUUGUUACCUCCGAAUCAAUUUGGAAAUGAAAAAGAUGACUCAGGCCAGUUGGAUAUUCUGCUGCAAGGAGGAGAACAUUUCAGCUUCCCAUCAAACUUUAAAGCAACAACUCCUGUUUAUCCUUCUCGAGAAGAACUCAUCAGAGAUUUCGCCACUAAGAAAUCUGGAGUGAACUUCCAGUCCAAUUUCAAAGCGACGACUCCGGUAUAUCCAAACACAGUUGAUCCUACCAGUCCAGAUCCAAGCAAGGUUGGAGUUUUACCUCCGAAGGGAAGUUCUGCAAGCUUUGAAUCACACUUUGAGGCUACAACGCCUCAAUAUCCUACUUCUGUGGACCCCACUAGCCCAGAUCCGAAUCAAGCUGGACUUUUACCUCCAAGGAGCACAGAUAUCCGCAGCAGCUUCGAAUCUCGCUACAAAGCUACCACUCCACAGUAUCCUACUUCUGUAGAUCCUACGAGUCCAAAUCCCAGUGACGUGGGAUUGCUGCCCCCGAAAAAAAACAACUUCAUCAAUUACCAUUCGAACUUCAAGGCCACCACCCCUCAAUACCCCAACUACGUGGAACCAACCAGCCAAAAUCCCAAUGACGUGGGGUUGCUACCCCCGAAAGAAUCGAAUUUUGUGAACUUUGAAUCUAACUUCAAGGCCACUACUCCUCAGUAUCCCGACCACGUGAACCCCACCAGUCCAGAUCCUAACCAAGUUGGAGUGUUGCCCCCAAAGCAUGCGGUACCUGAUUUUGAGUCCUACCAGAAAUCUGAAGAAGAAAAAGGAUCAUUUUCGUCAUUUCCAUCCAAGUUCUACCAACCUCCAAAAUUCGACCAAGACGCAAUUUUGGACGAAUCCGAACUUCAGGAACAGCCAGGAAUUCGUAUGUUGAAUUUCAUGAAGUCUUUCAAUCAGUCACAGUGGCAAGAUUUGAGGAAAGUAUUCCAUAUUCCGGAAUACGAUUUUCCUCUAGACGACGCUACUAGACCGAGUUACGACAGUGUGGUGAAUUCGUUUGAACCACGACCUGUGAAGAAACGGUGAUGUGUUUAUAAGUGACUCCAUAGACGAUUGUUCAAACUUCUGAGGUGAUUUUCAACAUCGUAAUUUCUUCGACUUUACAAAGUAGAUAUGAUUUUUAGGUUAUCAAAUGACUGUCUACUUUUUUCAAGUCACAAAAUACCAAUCUUUUUUUUUGUUUUUAAAUGAAGUAAAACAUCUGCACAUAGGUAUUAUCCUGACUACUUUCCGUUGGAAAUAUCUAUUUAGUAUUUUACUAAUAGUUUUAUUAUUUGGGAUGUUGUUUUUAGUAAACGAUUGGUAACGCAGAAAUAUUAUAAUUAAGCUACCACAAGAACAAAUUCUAGAAAGUUUUUAGGAAAUAAUUAUACUAUGCGUUAUCACACAUGGAACUUCUAUCUAACAGUAUAUUAUACAAGAUACCUACAGAACUGUCUUUUGGACAUCGAUUAAGAAUAGAAUUUACAAUUCAAGAACGUUUUUGGUUUCUCCGAGGUCAUUAAAAAUUGAAUUCUAAGAUCAUAAGUUCACGAAUGUUUCUCUAUCAAGUCCAACCAAAAAAUCUUUAUUGUAAACAAAUCCUGUUUUGAAUAAUCAAUAAACACGACAAUAGUUUUGUUACCAAAUAGAUUUGUUCCUUUUUAUCUUGUGCGACUACUGAGCACCAGAUUGGAUCAUCAAUGACAAGUUUUUAUCCUUUCGUAUUCUUAAAAUAUUUGCUAAAUUGGAAAAAGAAUUCAGAUAUGAAGUGACAUUUCAUUUUGUAAAAGGUAUAGAAUAUGGAGAAUUCCUAAUUUCCUAAUAUUUGAUUUGGACCAGUAGUUAUAGAUUAGUGACUCAGAACUGCUGUCAUUUGUCUAAAAUUAGAGCAAAUCAUAACUCCUUUGACAACUGACUAUAGUCAGAAUUCUCAGAAAUGACUGAUAUUUUUGGCUUAAUCUGUCGAUUGCAGUGGCGUAUGGAAAUUUUACUGAACAGAUAAAGAAAAAUGAUGAUUAAAUAUAUAGAAUCACAACCUUAACAACACAAUAUAUUCAUUUGGUUCAGUUCUGGUACUCCGAAAUUGUUUCUUAACAAAUUACACCUAUUUUUGAAAACGUAAUAGAUGUUUGAAUGAAUAGAUAUUUCCUGUGGAACCUUAUAAAAAGUUCUCGUUCAUGCUAUUUAGCUAAAAAAUACGUACCAAUAACUAGUCAAAAAAUGCUAAGUAGCACGAACUCAAUGGACUUUUUGUAUCUGUACAUAUAUUUAUUCUUGGUACAGAAUAUGCUGCACGUUAGACACCUAAAUAUAUGAGAAUUUAUGAAAUUCUAAUGGUUAAUUUAUUUUGAUUCAACCUUACCUUUGAUGUGUAGCAUAUCUAUUGGUUAAAUAUAUAUAUUUUCAGUGUUGUAUAUGGAAGAAAAAACUGAAUAAAAAUGUAUUCUUUA